AUGAACGUCAAUGUAAUCGUGCAACAAUUAAACAUUUUGUUCAUAGAUUCUGUAGAAGAUGUAAAUAAUCUAGAUAGUAUGGUUAGAGAUAAUAUAAUUAGUUCUUUAAAACAAAUCGCUUUGGAAGCUCAAACUAACUCGGAAUUCCGGAAGGAACUUGGUUUAAAUCAACAAUUUUGGAUAAUAACCAAUAAUAUGCAAACUUGGGUUUUGAAAAAUUUGUUCAAUGACGAAUAUUUUAUUUUUCCAGUAACUUUAUGGUUAUUGCGAGUGUUUAAGAAUAUAGUAGCAGCAAUUACCGAAAAUCAAAACAAAGCAUUAGAGCAAGAAUGGAAUAAAUUUAUUGAACAAAUUUUGUGGCAUUUCUUUUUAAAAUAUAGACAAGAGAACGAUAAUACCGAAUUCAACAUCUCAAUUUUAAGAUCUGGGACUCAAGCGUUAUCUAAUAUGAUCACUGGAAAUACUUUUACACAAGAAUGUGUAUGGGUUGAUUUUAUGAAUAGAAAUGAAUCUAAUGAUCUCUUGAGUACACUUGCCAGAUACGGCGAUAAUGGUACGCUAACAAGUUGUUUGGUACUUGUUCAUAAUUGCAUAUUUGAAAGUGAUACUCGAAGGGCUUUAGUAUGUUCGGGGUCGGGAAAUCGUCUUUUAAAAUUUUUAUUGGAUAAAACUGAAACUCUUCUCGAAGAUGAGAAUUUUGAGCUCAUUUAUACAAUUGUUUCCCGAUUAAUUGACUUCGAUCUUUUCCCGACGCUUUACGAUUCUUUAAACACAUAUUCAAAACAAAUACCAACACAUAAUCAAAUCAUCCUUCUUAAACUCCUUGAUUCCAAACUUCAUUCAACAAUUAAUAUAUCCAAUUCAUUUUCAUUCCAUUCAUGUACUUUUCUAUUAAAACUAUUUAAUUCACUUUGUCCUCAAGUUAUAAAUUUAAUGAAACAAUUGGAAAUAGAAAAUUCUACAUCAGAAACAAAUGUCUCACUAGAAGAUGAUGUACCCCAAGAAAUUGAAGAAAAUAGAUUAUUGUUUUCGGGAUUAGUUUUGUUGUUACAAUGUUUUGUAAGUUUAAGUCAGGAUGGAAAUAAUAAAAUAUGUGAAUGUUUAUUUAAAGAAGGAAUUGUUUCUACAGUAAUAUUUCUUUUAAUUCAAGCCGAUAAAACAUUGCCACGCGUAACAAAAGCCAUAUCAAGUUCAAUAACUCAAAAUUUACAAAAUGGUAUUACAGGAUUUUCACAUAUUAAAAGAGAAAUUAUAAAAAUCAUUGGAAAUAUGUCCUACGAAAAUAAGAUUGUACAAGAAGAGGUUCGUAAAAUGGGUGGAAUUCCUUUAAUUUUAAAUCAAUGUAAUAUUGAUGAUAAUAAUCCAUGUAAUUAUGCAAUACUUGCACUUCGCAAUUUAUUAAUUGAUAAUUUAGAUAAUCAAAAACUUAUCAAAGAACUUGAGACAAUUGGAACGGUGCAAAACGAUAUUUUGAAACAAGCAGGUAUUAAAACAGAAUUAGACAAAGAUGAUACAUGUAGUAAAAACUGGUUUUACAAUACCGUAUCAGUUGAACCAGAUAAAGCAAUGGUAACAAGAACUAUUAAGGAUCACUCAUAG